AGCAAACAGAAUGCCUGUGACAGCGACUACCGUGACGCUCAAUGAUGGAUACCAGAUGCCCGUUCUGGGCCUUGGCACCUACUGGCUCCGUGGAAAAAGCUGCGUCGAAGCAGUGAAGACGGCCAUCGACGCUGGAUACCGACACUUUGAUACUGCCUUUCUCUAUCAUAACGAAGCAGAAGUUGGGCAGGCUAUUAGGGACAAAAUCUAUGAUGGCACAAUAAAGCGAGAGGACGUUUUCGUGACCACUAAGCUAUGGCAUGGAUCGCACGAGCCGUCGCAAGUCCGCAAAGCGUUCGACACUUCCUUGGCCAACCUUCAGCUCGAUUACGUGGACCUCUAUUUGAUGCAUUCUCCGAUAGGCGGUACCCUGGGUGCACAGGGUGAAACCAUCCUGAACGAAGUGGAUUAUCUGGAUACUUGGCGGGCGAUGGAGAAACUACUUACAACAGGACGCGUCCGCAGCCUCGGUGUGUCCAACUUCAACAGCGAACAGCUUACGCGGGUCAUCGAAAAUGGUACUACCAAACCGGUCACCAAUCAAGUCGAGUGCCAUGUUCGCCUGAAUCAGAAGCGGCUUAUUAAGUUCUGCAAGGAUCGCGACAUCGUCAUUACGGCUUACAGUCCCUUAGUCCGACCGGGAGCUGGCCUGGCGCCUUCCGGUGCUGACUCGCUCACUCCCAAGCACCCGUUCGAUGAUACUCGGGUGAUAACGAUCGCCAAUCAUUACCGCAAAACGCCGGCACAGGUGCUAUUGCGCUAUUUGAUCGAUAUCGGCACGGUUCCGAUUCCAAAAUCCGGUAAUCCCGAAAGGAUUCGACAAAAUUUGGAUAUUUUCGAUUUCGCUCUCACUCCGGAAGAGGUGCUAACGCUAGAUGGAUUGCAAACGGGCGAACGGUUGGAGAAGUGGGAUCCGGCCGCUGCCCAUCCUUUUUAUCCGUUUAACGCAGAGUUUUAAGGGGGCUUAAAGAUGGCUCUGAAAUGAUACUCGUAAAUUAAAUGCAGAAUUUGCGGAAGUAAAAAUCACCUUCGUCGUCGAUUGCUUUGAUUGAUAAGGAUGGAUGACUUUGCGAUAUGGACCAUUCCAACCGUUUGGAGUACAUAACUUGUCUGCUUGGGUUUUAUUGCGCCCCAUUGUGCAAUUCACGAUUGUAUUUGAUAAAAAGAAAAAUCGUUGGUGUUGUUUUUGAAGAAUAAAUUUGACUUGCAUA